UGAUAAACCUCUGACGCUUACAUCCGGGCACUACUAGGAACUCGCUCUUCAACAUGGCGGCGUCAGCUAAGAAGAAGAAUAAGAAGGGGAAGACCCUCACCCUAACUGACUUCUUGGCAGAGGACAGUAAAAGCAGUGGUCCAGCUCCCCCCAGCUACCCAGCAAAGUCUACUAGCUGGGCUGAUGAGACUGACGACCUGGAUGGAGAUGUCUCAACUUCGUGGCACACGGAGGAGGACUCGUUCCGGGCGCCGCCCAUUGACCGCUCCAUCCUGCCCACAGCACCUCGCUCGGCCCGUGAGCCCAAUGUUGACCGGUCUCGACUGCCCCGCAGUCCACCGUACACAGCCUUCCUUGGCAACCUGCCCUAUGAAGUCUCUGAAGAAUCAAUCAAAGACUUCUUCCGCGGCUUGGCAAUCAGUGCAGUGCGUCUGCCUCGUGAGCCCAGUAACCCAGAGAGGCUGAAGGGCUUUGGCUAUGCUGAAUUUGACGAUGUGGAUUCUCUCUUAAGGGCCCUUAGUCUCAACGAGGAGAAUCUUGGAAACCGAAGGAUCCGAGUGGAUAUCGCAGACCAGUCUAAUGAUAAAGAGAGAGACGGUGGAAUGAUGGGAGGCCGAGACAGGGGUGGACGGAUGGCCGACAUGGGUCCUGAUAAGACAGACAGUGACUGGAGAGCUCGGCCAAGUGCAGACGAUGAUGGACCUCCCAAGAGAGAUGAUGGCUUUGGAGAGAGAUCACGGGAUCGUUACGAGUCAGAUCGUGGGCCACGGAGGGACGGAGAUCGCUAUGACGGAGGCAGAGACCGUUACCGGGAUCGAUACGAUGACCGCGACCGUAGAGACUUUGACCGCGACCGCAGAGAUUAUGACAAAGGGGGUUAUGAUUCUCGUGGUGGUGGAGGUAGUCGUCGUGCCUUUGGCAGUGGCUUCCGCCGCGAUUAUGAUGACACUCGGGGUAGUGGUGACCGUUAUGGCGACAGGGAUCGUUACGGCGACCGUGAGGACCGGUACGAGAGACGGGAGGAGAGGCGCGACGACAGAGGAGGAGGGGUGGGAGGAGGAGGAGGAGGAGGAGGAGGAGGCGGUGGUGCUCCUCAGCAGAGACCCAAGUUGAACCUAAAGCCUCGUAGUGUACCCAAGGAGGAGGAAUCUAGUGGUGGUGGUGGUAGCAGCGGUGGUGGUGGUGGUGGCGGCAGCGGUGGUGGCAGCAGCGGCGGCGGCGGCGGUGGUGGUGGUGGUGGUGGUGGAGGAGGAGGAGGGACUUCUCCCGCUGCCCCUCCAAGUUCCAGUGGCAGGGCCUCAUCCAUAUUUGGUGGAGCCAAGCCUGUUGAUACAGCAGCCAGGGAGAGGGAGGUAGAGGAAAGGCUGAAGAAGGAGGAGGAGAAACUGCAGAAGCAGCUGGAAGAGGACAAAGGCCGAGCACCUGACCGAAAGAUGCGAGACAGGGACCCAAGCUGGCGUAAUGAGGAAACUUAUACUGAGCGAUCUCGCACAGGAAGCGAGUCCUCACAGCAAGGAAGCUCUUCUGGAAGAGCAUCUCGGUGUCGAGAUGGAGAGCGCUCUGGAGAGAAUGAGGUUUUCAGUGGUAGAGAAGGUGAACCCGUCUCUCCUGUGUCAUCCUCACGCCCCUCCUCCACCAGCUCCUCCAAGGAGCCUCUGAAGGUGAUGCCUGCUCCUCCUCCCAAGGAGAACGCCUGGGCCAAGAGAAGUGCAGUCAGCACAGGCUCUAGUGAUGGUGAUGGACGACUUCCAGUCUCUCCUGUCUCCCCUGGUGGUUCAGGUCCUCCCAAGCUCAGCUCUUCAAGUUCUGCAGAUGAGAGAGGAUCUGGAAAGGAUGAGAACAAGGCUGACGGUGUGCGUCGGGACCGGGGGCCCCCACGGGCACGAGGGGGGCCUGCAGGGCCUGGAGCGGGGCGGGGCCGAGGAGAAGGGCCAAACAGAGACCGAAGAAAGGAGGCAGACAGAAAGGACAGCAGAAGAGAGCGAGAGUCCAGACCACCUCCAGAGCCAAAGAAGUACGAAGAAUCCCCAACUCCUAAGUUCAGCUCAGCCAGUAAGUACGCCGCUUUGCUAAUGGAUGGAGACCAAGGAGAUGAUGCUGAAGACCUUGAAUAGAGAGAAAAUAGCAAGAUGUGGCCCCAAAAAUGCAAGAAGAGGAGAAAACCGCAAAUGCAGACAAACAAAAUUAUUUCACCUAGAUUGUGUAAAAAUCUUCUCACAUGGCAGAAGCUCCUGGGAGGAAAUCACUACCUCCCUCUCCCAAACCUAUCCUCUGCUUUCAAAUAUCCCGCCCACCCACACUCCCUCUCCCCUCCUACGCCACCUUCAGGACUUUUCAGGUUCUAAAGAAUGUCAUAUACUGGACUUGUUUUAAAUGGGGGGAAAAAGGAGUAGCUGACACAUGGAAAAAAUAUGGAUAACAUUGAACUAAUUGUAAUAAAUAAAUGGAAAAAGUGGGGAAAGUGAAUGCAGUUUGUAUAUUUGUGGAUCACCGAUGUGGUUGGAGAUGAUUGACGGUGUCGCUCAGCACCAUAACUACCAUAACUAAUCAUCCUAAAGCCUUUUUAUCCAUUGCUUAGUUUGCGUUAAUACAAUUAAUAUCUUACUCCUGAAAAUUAGUCAAGAUAAUCUCGUCUUCCAGUGUUAUCAGGCAUGAAUUUUGAGAUGUUGCAAAUAAUUAAGAACACUUUUUUUUUCUUUUUUUUUCCUAAAUGUACAUCUUGUACGUUUUUGUGGUGAGGUCCGUAUUGGGAGAGAAUUGUGUAAGUAGUACAUGCCUGUUCCGUAGGACUUAUUUUUAUGUUUAAGAUGGCAAAAAAAAGCAGCCGCUUCAUAAUCCUCUCUGAGAAUUGAGUGCCAUUACUAUAAUCCCCAAUUGCUGUACAUAUGUCUGUGUUUCACCACCUUCUGAUGAAAUAAUCACAUCCAUUAAAAGCGCAGUACGGUCUCAUUUCCAGCCGUCUUUACAGAAUCCCUGCAGCUGUCUGAAUCAUCUUCCCACUGAAGUGACGAGUACAAAUAAUUGGGGAAAGACUGGCCUUGCUUGUGGCGGAAUGUGAGUUUCAGUACAAUUUUCAUGAGAAGCUUUUCUUCCAAGCAACAAUAAAUUGGGAGUCCUAAUGUGUGUUAAAAUGGUA